AAGAUCAAAGAAAUGCAUUAAAUUAGAACAAAUUGAAGAUUCUUUACCGUCUGAAACGCAAUCUUAAGGACAGUUUCCAAUGAAAGUUUCCGACCACAUAACUUAAAAAGAUCUUCAAGGCUGGACCCCAGCGGCUCCAUGGCCAGUGCGUUAUACUUUUUGCCACACGUUCCAAAAUAGUAAACCUCUGGUAUUCCAGCUGAGGAAGAAAAGAAUUAUUUUUAGUAAAAAAUAGCCAAACUUUUCAAGUUUUAGUUUACUUAUUAAACUGUGACGCCACAUCAUCCGAUAGAAGUGAUACUCCUUGUUGAGUAUGGGCGCCGCCGAUUCAAGAGACUAAACUAAGCGGGCUACUUCCAUUGAGGCUCUGUGUGAAGGCUUCCCUGAGGAGUUUGCCACCUACUUACGGUAUGUCCGGAAUUUGGACUUGUUCGAGAAACCAGAUUACGAUCAUCUUCGAAAACUGCUCCGCGAUCUCUUUGACCGGAUGGGUUAUAUCGACGAUAACAAGUUUGACUGGACCGAUCAAAACACGUCAACUCCGGUGGGAUCAGUGUCAACUAACCAGGCAGUCGAAGCCAAACCACUCGGGCAGCCGGAUCGGCAUAAAUUAGAGUUGAAAGAAGAAAUCGGAAAAGCCAUUAGUCCUACCGUCCGCGCAACUGCAUCGUCGCCACAAGAAGAUCGUCGUAACGGGCUCAUACUCUGCGCUAUCAAUCAGAUGAUGGAUGUGGGUCUAAAUUUGACUCCAAAUAAAGUCCCCCACGAAGCAGACGAAUUGAUUGCAGCCGGAAUUGCCCCGAAGGACGUGGGUGCCAUUCAAGUUUGGCAAAGUUUGGAUCCAAAUAAAGUCCCCCACGAAGCAGACGAAUUGAUUGCAGCCGGAAUUGCCCCGAAGGACGUGGGUGCCAUUCAAGUUUGGCAAAGUCUUGGAGCACAAAGUAAUGUCCAAUCUGAUUUCCAGUUUCCACCCAACAAGGCCACACUGAAUUUACUCCGCGGCAUGAUGACGAUGACACGGAAAGUCGAAGUGAAGGAAAGUGAGCUUCCGACGGGAGACCCGGAUGAAGAUGCCAAAUUACUUAACAUAUUUAAUAAACUGCUUGGCCCUUGGACGCGGCCUUUUCUUGCUUUGGAAGAGGAUCUUAAUAAACUGCUUGGCCCUUGGGCGCCGCCUUUUUUUGCUUUGGAAGAGGAUCAGGAUCCUGUUGGUGGCCCUUAAAGCCCAAUAUAGACCCUGCGAAUAAGUCUUGGCUCGAGUUUCCGAUGUAUUUUUUCAAUCCAGACUGAACAAGUUGUGAAUUUCUGAAAGAAAUUUUUGAAAAAUAAAAUUCGAUUUAAUCCUGC